UUCUCUUGUUUCUAGAUGUAGGUUUUUCAGGGUCUCACUCACACCUGCUCAAAGUCACGGAUUGCCCAGGACGCAGAAGUGAUUAUAUUGCUUUCGAUAUGUAUAUUACGGCUCUCAGCACUGUUGCGCUGCUGUCUAGCACGACCAUUGCGCAGUCUCUUUCACCCCUCCACACCUCGUCGCGAUGGAUCCUCGACAGCAACAAUGCGCGCUUCAAAAUGCGUUGCAUAAACUGGGCCGGACACAUGGAAGCUUCGAUCCCUGAAGGCUUACAACACCAACCCGUCGAAUCCAUCACCAAACUAGUCGCAGACUCGGGCUUCAACUGCGUGCGCCUAACCUUUAGCAUCGAAAUGGCACUGAACCAAGGCCAGAAAGUCGCAGACGUGUUUGGUGGGUUGGCAGCAAGGACAGGCGCGGAUCCUGGUGCUGUGAGCGGGCUUUGGGAUACAAUUAAGGACAAGAAUGGGUGGUUGGAUGGUGCGACGGUGGGCGAGGCGUAUGGGAAGGUGAUUGAUAGUUUGGGGGCGCGUGGAGUGAGGGUUAUGUUGGAUAACCACGUCAGCAACCCAUCGUGGUGCUGCAACCUUGAAGACGGGAAUGGAUGGUGGGACGAAGGGUCAUCGAACCCGCUGAUCCAGCGUAACUCGCAGUACUUCAACAUUGCGGCGUGGGAGCAGGGACUGGCGGCUAUGGCGAGGUUUUCCGCUGACCACCCGGCUGUCGCUGGGAUUGGGAUCCGGAAUGAGAUCCGUGAGAUUCCUGUGCUCCAGAAUCGCGACUCAUGGUAUGAUAACGUGGCGAAGGGUGCUAGAGCUAUACACGAUGCCAACAAGGAUCUGCUUAUCGCCAUGGGUGGGACGCUGUCUUCCACUGACGCCAGUUUUCUGAGGACUCGUCCCUUUGACCGCUCUCCGUACGGCGACAAGGUGGUUUGGGAGUGGCAUCACUAUACUUUUACACCCAACUGGAUCGCGUCGGGCAAGAACUGUAACUUUUGGAAGUCGCUCUCGAUUGGCGCUGCUUCCGGAUUUCUCAUCCAGCAAGGGAGGGACUAUACGGGGCCACUCUGGCUCUCCGAGUUUGGCUUCGGGCAGCUGGGUGGAGGCGACGAUAUCAAGAACGUAUCGGAUAGGGAGAGCUACGAUUACAUUACAUGCCUGGUUGACUAUAUCAAGGGCAAUGAUGUCGAUUGGGCCAUCUGGGCGCUGCAAGGAAAUUACUAUGUCAGGGACAAGCAAGUCAAUCCCGAUGAAGCGUGGGGGAUACUAAAUGCGGACUGGAGUGCGUGGAGGAACCCAAAGGUCAAGGAGAUUUUGGCGGACGUUUUCAAACAGACGCAGGGUCCAUAG